AUGUUAACAUUAUUAUUGCUACAAGUGGUGUUAUCACAGAAGAUUUUGGAUUCUCCGCUUGAGUAGGUCGUAUGGUGCAAGUCUGAAACCUUCAUCCUAACAGCCAAGGGUAUGCUCUAUAAAAAUUUUACAUCUGAAAUGCCCAAAUUCAUUAGCAAUUUUACCAUAAGAGAAAUCCUACAAUCUGAAGCAGAUGCCUAAGUGGUUUAUUUCAUUGGAGAUUUCGAUACUUCCUAUGUCUCUUAAAAUUGCGGAAAAACGUACACGAAAUUUAAACAUGAUAAGACCUUGCAUGAUUUCAAACUAAAUUCUUUGGAAGCACAUAGUCUGAUGGCUUUCAAAGAUUUCAGAUGUAAUUCCUCAACGACCUUGUGUAAAGAUAAAUACAAGAAAUAGAUUUAUGUAAGUAAUGAUUAUGGAGCAAAUUGGAGGAUGGUACUGAAUAGAACCAGAGAUGCAAUAUGGGAUAAAUUGAUAGAAUUACCGGAGAUUCCUGAUUCUAGAAUUGUUGCAUCCUAUCUCAACGAUAAAGGUCAAUUAUAAGUAAGUUAUAGUGACGAUUACUUCAAUACAUUUAAAUUGCUCAGAAAUAAUUCCUACGGGUUUUAUCAGACAAAAGAGUAUCUCUUCAUUUUGAUUGAUGCUGACUCUUUUAGUAAGGGCUAUGAUUUAGAAGUUAUUAAACAAGGCACUCUGACUCCUGUGGAAUUGGUGUUGCCAGUAGAGGAUCAUUAAAAGUACACCUUCACUGUCCUGGACACUGUCAAUGGAUCCAUAUUCAUUUCCAUUUCUCAUAUAGAAGACAUGCCUAAAAUUAUGAACAUCUAUUUGAGUGACAGCACUGGCACAAAAUAUACGUUGUCACUCAUGAACAAUGUAAGAAGUUUGGAUACAGGAAACUGUGAUUUCGAACCUAUCAUAAGAGGAACCUACAUAGCCAAUAUUUAUGACAAUUCUGAAUUUGAGAAAUUCAAGAUGAGAAGAUCAACUAAGAACACCGAUGGAAUCAAGAGAUUGGAAAACUACAAGCAAACAAGAAUUACAUUUGAGUAAGGAGGUGAAUGGCAUGCUCUUAAAGCUCCUAAAUAUGAUUACAGGGGCUAACCUAUAUAAUGCAAUGGGGACUGUUCCUUGCAUCUCCUUGGAAGAAGUGAAGCGCCUCGUAAUAGAAUAAUAAGUCAUUCCUACAUUGCCAUAGGCACAGGUAAUACAGGGAUUUAUUUGGGAAACGAAUAUAAAACAUACCUCUCAAGAGAUGGUGGUCACACUUGGUUUGAAAUACUUGAUGGAAUGCACAUUUAUGACAUUGCUGAAAACACAGGAGUCAUUGUAUUUGUGAGUGAUGAAGAAUAAGCAAAUGAAAUAUUAUACACUUGGGAUGAAGGUUUGACAUUCUAAAGACUUAAGAUGAAUGCCACUUUUGAUAUCACUAAUGUGGUCUAUAAGAAUGGCAAAUUCUUAUUCCAUGGAAUUCAAGAUAGUAAAACACUUGGAGUUGCAAAAGAAGAUGAUUUUACAUCAAAUGCUCUUAAAGGAGUUGUUGUAUCUUUAGAUAUCAAUUAAAUCAUGGUUAGAGAAUGCUAAGGGUUUGAUAGACCAGGUGAAUAAGAUUCAGAUUAUGAGUUUUGGUAUCCUUCAAAUUAUGCAGGGGAUAAAUGUUUAUUUGGAUAAAAAGAAAAGUACAUUAGAAGGAAGAGAAGCUCAUAAUGUUAUAAUAAGUUGCCAAAUCUACCAGUUCAAACUGAAAAUUGUCCAUGCACCAAAGCUGAUUGGGAAUGUGAUGUGGGGUAUAAGAGAGACAUAUAUUCGAAUUGUGUACCUAUGAAAGAAAUCAAACCAAAAGCAUGUAAGGGGACAUACCUUAAAAGUUAAGGAUAUAGGAAGAUCUCAGGAGAUGAAUGUUAAGAUGGUGUUUAUUUGGGACCAAUAGAAACAAAAUGUUCUGAAGAAGAUUAAGUGACUCAAAAAGAUAAUAUUAAUAUCAAACAAGGGAGAGUUAGUGACAUACCAACAUAUACAGAACCUAUAAAACCUCAAAUCAAUAAACCCAAAACAACCACCAUCGAAAAAUAGGCUGAUGGUGGCAUUAAAUACUCAUACUUAAUUAUUGGAUUUAUUUGUUUAGGAAUAACAUAUUUUAUUAAAAAAAAGUAUUUUGAUGUGAAAUAUUAAACCAAAAAAAGACAGCCAGCUUAUUAUUACCCUGUAAAAUCAUAGGAAAAGUAAAGAUUAUUUGCUGAACCUUGA